AGGGGACAACCCCCUGAAAAGAAAUGGAAUAAAGAGUAAUAUGGUUUGCAUAGAUUUUCGGGCCAUGCAAUUUUGUGUAUGGGAAGUUGCCUAUCAACACUAUAUUAAAGAGCUCAGAAGAAGGUAUAGGUAAAAUAGAAGUUUUUUGAGAAUUGAGUGUUUCGGAGUAUAGCUCUACAAUGCCAGGCCUUUCUUGGAUUUCUUGGAUGUUGACGGUGGCGGUUUUAACAGGAGUCUUUCACAUCUUCACAGAUGCUUCGGGUGGAAUUCAUGUGGACACUUUGUUACAGAGAUACGACCAGGCAAACUCUUUGGAUACCACUCGAGCUUUAUUGACUCAGUCAAUUUCAAAGGCCCAUACAUAUAAUGAGAGAGGGGCAUUAUCCCGAAGAAAACGAGAUAUAUUGUUCCCUAAUGGAGUUAAACUUUGUUCUCAAGAAACCGUUCAGCAAGUAAUAGAUAAUCACCUGAGCUACUUUCACCUAAGAGUGUGUCAGGAGACUGUGUGGGAGGCCUUCAAGAUCUUCUGGGACCGUCUGCCAGAGCGAGAUGAAUACCAGGUCUGGAUGGACAGAUGCCAAGAUGGCAGCGCCAGUGUGUUUGAUAUUGGCAGAGGUUUCAGCCAGUCAGAGGAGCAUCUCACCCUUGUGCAAAACAGAGUGUUAAUGGCUUCAUCCACUAGUGAGCCAUUCAGCUCCUGGCCUGACAUGUGCAGACCAGACUCAACUGCUUCUCCAAAAGAGGAAACCAUCCAAACCACCACUUUGGAAGACAUACAGAUGGUGGUGACAGACCUUGAAGGGGACAGUGCUCCAGACCCCCCUUUAGAAACAGAAGUAGAGCAGGCCACUCCAGAGCCUGCAGCAGAGGAGGUCAGUGAGGGGCCUAUUGCUGGCACUGAUCUCCAUGAAACACCUGAGGACACUGAUGCGAUAAGUCCCGAGACCACAGAGGAGGCUGUCGAGCAAGCUGCUGUUGAGGAGAUAAGCCCGGUGGAUAUCUCAGAGGAAGCUGAGGAUGCUGUUAAGGACGUCGUCCCAGAUGUCACUGCGGAAGCCUCUGAGGAAGAGAUAACCGAGGAAACGCCGGUGGACACAGAGGUUGGUGAAGAGGUCUCUGAGGAGGUCUCUGAUGACGAUAGAGGCGUGUUGAAGACAGCUGAGGAAGCAGAUUCUGAGGGUGCAUACGGCACUCCAGAGGUUGGUGAGGUCAUUGUUGAGGCUGAGGAGGAAACAGCAGAGCCUACAGAAGGCAUACAUGAGGAGGCCGUUUCACCUGAAGAGGAUACGGCAAUAGAAGAAUCACCUGAUGAAGGAGAAGAGGAAUCAAUAGAGGAAGUGGUACCUUCAGAGGAGACAGUUGAAGAGGUUGUAAUUGAGUCGGAAUUACCUGAACAGGUUGUAACUGAGGAGGCAAUACCAGAGGAAAUUGAAACUGUGGAAGAAGAACCUGAGGAGACUGUAACUGAAGUGGAAGAACCUGAAGAGUCUGUAACAGAAGAAUUACCUGAGGAAGCUGUCCAUGAGGAGGAAUCACCUGAGGAGGUUGUGCCUAUUGAAGACGACUUACCUGAAGUAGGCGUAGAAGAAGAACAAGAUGAGGUUGCACCUUCAGAAGAACUGUCCACAGAGAAGGAUGAUCAUACAGCCACAGAGGACACACUUGUAGAGGCUGAAUCUGAUGUUGUCGAGGAGGCUCAGGAAUCUGAGGCUGAGGAAACACCUGAAGACACCACCUCUGAAAUCUAUGAAGAGGAGAUAACAGAGACUGCUGAAGAAGAUGCUCCGUCGCCAGUUGCAACUGAAGACACAGCAGGCGCCCCAGAAGAGGUCACACCUGAAGUCACUGAAGAAGAAGUCGUACCUGAAGCAGCAGCAGUGGAAACAUCAGAAGAAGAACUACCAGAAGCUGAAGAGGCGGCGGCAGGUGAGGAUGAGGAUGCUGCCUCACACACACCUGAAGGUGCACCUAUUGAGGAGGCAGUCGUUGAAGACACAGGUGAGACUGCUGUAGACGAAGUAAUCCCAGACACGACUGAGGAGGAUUCACCUGAGGAGGCCACAGAAGAAAAUGCGACUGAGGUUGAUAAACCACCUGAGAUUGUGGUAACUGAUGAUGCACCUGAGACUGUUGCGGAGGAGGAUGGAUCUGACACUGUAGCAGAACCGGAAACCGAAGCUCCAGGAUCUGAAGAAGUUACAGUCCAAGAAGACAUAGAAGACAUUGCAGUGGAGGAGGAACCACCUCAAACUAUAGAGUCUGUGGAUAUCACUGAGGAACCCACUACAACAACAACAACUGAAGCACCUAUGGAAGAAAUCAUACCAGAGGAGGAAAAUAUGAUCACCAACGAAAUUGAUGACAUCGUGGCAAGGCCUAUCAGACCAAUGGGAGAGCACAUAGUGGAGCUCAGCGUCAAGCUAAAGGGGGAAUUUUAUGACGACGCCCUAAGGGACCCGUCCAGUUAUUUCUACCAGCGGCUGGCCGACCAGUUUACACAGAAGAUUGAGGAUGCAUUCGAGCGACUUCCUGGUUUCAGGAGUGUGUUUGUGCUCGAGUUCAGGCCACAGAAGGAUAUCCAAGGUGGACUUGGAGUGGUGGUCCACUAUGCAAUCACUCUAGAGGGUGAUAGAGCUGGACUGAGCAACGAAACCAUGGACUACAUCACCCUUCAGUCCAACUUUGUGGAGGACUCCUAUCAUGAGCCAGAUGAGAUACCCACGGUGGUCUACACAAUCACAGAUUUCCGCAACUACAUCACAGAGGCCCUGCACAAAGAGAACUUUAUUGGGAACACCACGCUGGACGUGGACCCGGAUUCUCUCCAAUUAGAGAAUGUUGAGACUUUGCUGCCAGUCAGACCAACAGGCAGAGCCAUUGAUUCUAAUAACCUGGACGAUGUUCUUGCUGCUGAAAAACCCCCUGAGGUUCCUGGACAGGACAUCACUGGCAAUGACCUCUUUCUGAAAAAAGAGGACUUCCUGUUUGACCCUGUCCAUCCAUAUGACCCAUGGGUGGGCUCUCAGAGCGAUGUGGCCAGUGAAAAUGACGUCCUUAGCCUAGAAGAGUCGUUUACCCUGGCUCCAGCAUCUACAAAGGGAGAUGUUGCAGAUGAAUCCCUGGACUUUGGCUCGGGCUCUGGGUUUUCCGGGGAUGAGCAGGGUCCCGACGUCUGGCCGUGGGAGCCAGAAACGUCCCCGCUGGACGAAGAUGACUCAGAUGUGACUGGUGAGAGCCUGGAAAAGCCGGAGGCUCCACAUGAACCAGAGCAGGAGGCAACACCAGAGCAAGAACCGGGAGAAGAUUCAGCCAUCGAGGAGCCGUUUUUGGAACACAGACUAGUGACUCAGGACAUCCGCACUCACCCACAGUACAUAACCACCGACCAGGCCCCCGUGCGCUGGACCAUGGAAACACUGAACGUGGAGCUUUCCAUGCAGACAGUGGAAGCUUCAGGGAUGUACGAUGACUACUAUCCAAGCGAGCCAACGGUUAUGUACUUCUCAGUCACCGACGUACCUCUCCCCGAGGAACCUCCUACAUCUGAGGUAGUGCUCAUUGAACAGUCUCCAGAGGUUGCAGUAACAGAGCCUAGCCACAAUAUGGAAGCCUUGGAGGUCACCCCCCACGACACCUCCGCUAUUGUGUCUGAAGACCAAGAGGCUACUGAAGAUGUUAGAGAUGUUGAUGCCGAGUUACCUGCUGCUGUGAGCGUCGAAGAAGUUGUUGUGGAAGAGCAUGACUUUGACCCAGAUGAACAACCAGAGACUGGGGACCUGAUAGUUAUUGACGACAACAUUGCUGAGGAUGAUGGAGGUGUUGAGAUUUUGGAGGAGACAGGAAAGGACAUCGAGCUCCCAACCUCUGAAAGUUCCCCUGGUGACAUCUCGAACGAAGACCUCACAGAGGAUGAGAUGAUUUCCGUGAGUGUGGCGACCGCGCUCCCAGCGCCCACCACAACCACCCAGUCCACCCCACUCUCUCCAGAGAAGGAGUCUCCUUUCACCCGUAUAUCCAACACGAACCCUGAUGACGAAGAAACAUCGGCCAUCUUUCCAUCAACCACCGAGUUCCCUCUCAUUAUGGAGGAGGCCAGCGAUGAGACUCCACUGUAUGGCAUUGACACAGAGUCAUACAUCUACUUCGAUGAGACAGAGCCUUUAGAGGAGGAAGGUGAUGAUGACUCUUUGAUGAUGCUUUAUGAACCCACUUCAUCUGUCACUGUCAACAUUACACAUGAUGCCUCAGACCUCAUAUUCUUUGGCGACUCUGAAGAUGACACUACCAUGGAGAUACCCACUCCAGAUGCGCAUACCAUGGAUGUCACUGAGAUGGCCAGCAUAGCCAUGCCAAUCAACCCAGGCAAAGCUCUGAUGGUGUUCUUCAGCCUGAGGGUGACCAACAUGAGGUUCUCGGAUGAUCUUUUCAACAAGAGCUCUGCUGAGUACAAGUCCCUCGAACAGAGGUUCCUUGAGCUGCUUGUUCCUUACCUGCAAUCCAACCUGAGCAACUUUGAGAACCUAGAGAUCCUUAACUUCAGGAAUGGCAGUGUUGUGGUGAACAGCAGGAUGAAAUUUGGCAAACCAGUCCGAAAUGAAGUCACCACGGUUGUCUACCUCAUCCUGGAGGAUUUCUGCAACACAGCAUAUCAAACCAUGAAUUUAGCUAUUGACAAAUAUUCUCUGGAUGUAGAAUCAGGUGAAAAGGCAGACCCAUGCAAAUUCCAGGCAUGUAACGAGUACUCCAGGUGUGCGGUGAACCGGUGGUCCGGCGAGGCGGAGUGCGUGUGUGACCCUGGCUACUUCAGUGUGGACAGCCUGCCGUGCCAGAGCAUCUGUGACCUUCAGGAGGACUUUUGCCAGAACGAUGGGAAGUGUGACAUCAUCCCCGGCAAGGGGGCCAUCUGCAGGUGUCGUGUGGGUGAGAACUGGUGGUAUCGCGGAGAGCGCUGUGAGGAGUAUGUGUCUGAGCCGAUGGUGGUUGGCAUCGCCAUCGCCUCAGUGGCCGGCUUCCUGUUGGUGGCAUCAGGCGUGAUAUUCUUCCUGGCCAGGACACUGCGGGAUGACUAUGACAAGGAUGACUCAGAGGACCCUCUAAGACAUGGCGAAAGCGAGCCGUCCCUGGAGAGGGCCACCAAAUACAACCCCAUGUUCGAAAGCGACAUUGCUGUCGGGUACAACCAGUACUACAGGCGUUACCCAGACAUGCCAGGCUACAGCAAUGUCAGUACAGACGCCUCCAAUGAGUUUUGCAGUGAGGAGAUCAAACAAAUCUACGAGAACAGCCAACUCUCCAAAGAGGAAAUUGAGGAGCGCAUACGGGUAAUUGAGCUGUACACCAAGGACCAGCAGUUUGCAGACUUUAUGCGGCAACACCAAGUGAUCUUGGACAAUCGGAGAGACAGCACGUCCUCAAUAUAGAACUGUGGGGAGCAGAACCCAACUGCUUAGAACCACAAGAACCCUGCCUUUGUCUUUGAAACAAAAAGAGAGAUGUCCUGUGUUGCCAUGGUGUUCCUUAUAGCCUUGGAGGAAGACUGGAGAUAUGGGAAAGGAUGUUUCAGAGGCCAGUUUCUGGUCUCUUCUCUGUGAUGGUGAAAGUGCUUACCAGUGGCUGGACAUGAAAGACUUUGUCUUUUCUUUUUCUUGUGGGAUAUGAACUACUUCUUUUUUGAAUGUUUGAUCUGCGUGUGAUUGAAGCAUUUCUUUUUUGUCUUUCUUUUUUCCCAUUUCCUCCUUGUUGGAUCCAGCCAAUACGUUUCUUAAAAAAACAUAACCAAAAAAAACUUGCAGCAGACUUUUUCAGACAAACAGUCAACCAACCAUCAACCAAACCAUAUGGUGAAGUGAAACAUUAAGUCAAAAGUCAAUGCUCUUAGUCAAGCCUUUAGCUGUACUGUAAAACUACAUGGUAGGAUGGUCUGUACCACUUUUUCACGGUCUUGUUUUUUUCUUACUCAUCCUCAGUCAUCGGUGCCUUCAUUUGGUUCCCUGGUCUUACUUAUUGUGUGUGGUUGGGGCACUGCUGUGUCUUGAAAUAAGGGAUAGCCUAGCCUAGUCCAGCCUAAUUUGGAAAGUCUCACUGGAAUUCCAAUAUUCUGGAGAAUUCACUGGACGCAGGAUUUAAAAUUCAACAGUGCUUGUGGCAUGGUUCUGACCUAGGAAGCUCUGCUUCUGCAUGGAGUUGAAAUGGACUCUCUGUAAAUAAUCCUUUGAAUAUGUAUAACCUGCAUCAUGUUGUUGUCCCUCUCGGAACCUUUGGUUUUGGAGGCUGGUGACACAUGUUGGGAGACUGAAAAUGAUGGCUCUAGUUCUCCAGGUAGAGAACCUUGUUGGUUUAAGGAGGGAGGUUGGCACGUUACCGUUCUCUAACCCUCUGCCUCUACUACAUGGGUAAUGGGACAAUGGUGGAAUGGGGGGGAUUUUAAAAUAGAAUUUAGAAAGACAGGUAAUACAGCAAAAUUUGAAUGGCAUGUGUUGUUGAUGAUUUUUGGUGCUUGGUAGUCAUGGCCUGGGCAUCUUCUGCUAAAAAGCUAUCAGAAAUAUUUAUAUGGCCAUGUUUAGUUUUAAAAAAAUAUAUAAGAUGUUACUGUUAACAUCAUUACAAAAACAUGGGUCUGUCAGGUUUUUGGAUUUAAAUUCACCCCAAUCGAUUUAAAGUUUAAUUUGUUAUGCCAUUUGAAUUGAUUUUCUCCAGCAGAUGGGAUUCAUUUUUACCACUAUAUCACCUACAAAACAAUGUUAAUAGUAUGUGAGAUUUCUGUCACAUGUACUCAGAUACUGUACUUUGAGGAAGUAUCUGCAACAUCCCCUUCUGUGAUCCAAAUGCUCCCUGGUGUUUUUCUUUCGUUUCAUACUCCAGGGCAUUUGCAGCCGCCCAUCCCUGUAACUGUUGAGGAAAAUCAACUGGACAUGACUUUAAAUGCAAUUGUCUGUGACUAUGCUUAUGGUGGAGUAGUAUGAGUAUUGUAGGCUGUGGGGCAAGAUGUCAUUGCAUACAACGGAGGUUGUUUGUUUUUGUAAUAAAUCCAUUUCUCAGAAUUUUUUACUAUA